AUGAGAAGUCUGCUCUUGGCUCUUGCAAUUCUUGUCUUGCUUUCCUCUGUCCCACCAGUUAAAAGUGGACCGAAUGCAUACAUAAAUAAAUUCUUUAAUACAUGCUGGCGAAUGAAAGGUAGUUGUAGACGCGUAUGUAGUUCAAAAGAAAUAUAUCAUCUUUUGUGCGACCAUACUACUGUGUGCUGCAUCAACAAAAAGGAAUUGCCUGUUUUGGUUGGGAAGUAG